AUGGACUACGAAGUAUGCAGAAAAGUGUGGGAAUCGCAUGUUCCAUGUCAAUUCACACUACAAUCUUCUGGCGGAACUCACGGAGAACCUCUACCAUUCUAUACGAUGCUCCCAAGAUUCUCAUAUUUGGCUCUGGCAAUACAGAAAGUGCUCAGCUCAUUUAAUCGUCGCGACGACGGUGAAAAAGUGCAUUCUGACAAAAUGUGGCUGGAACAUAACGGAAUUCCGCUGAAAAUGUACAUUCCAAUCGGUGUGAUCUACGAUCAAGCGAACCUAUCGGAAAAUGAUUCGAUUUUGGAGAUUAUUGUACGAACAUCCCAGCCGCCCCCGCAAUUUCAAAUGGUUGAUCGGGAUAUGAUGGAGGCAAUGUUUAUGCAAAAUAUUAAGGAAGCCGACUAUUUGAAGACUAAAGCCGAGAUUACAAAGAAUAUGAUGAAAGACGAGUCGGCACAGUUGUGGAGAAGUGUUUGCAAUAUUCCAGACAACUUUGACGAGUUCUGGACGAUCGUUCAAAAACUGAUGGAAACUAGUGAGGGUAACGAAUUUGCACACAUUCCACUACGGGUUUAUGUCAAGAAUCAGGCAUUUAAACAGGCCCUAAUCACUGCCAAACACCCAGACGGAUCCCUACGAACAAUUGGUGAAGCUGUCUCAGAUGUUCUAUCAUCAUCAUCAUCAUCCUCAACGGAUUCUCAAUCGGAACACCCACCACGUCUGAUCUCGCACGGAAUCGACAUUCCCCAUCACACCCCAUUGAUUUUCGCCGCCAAAAACUUGUCCUAUCCGGAUAACUUUAUUCACGUUGUCCUCCUCCUCGUCGUCCCUUAACUCUUCAUCACUGCAUCUUUUUUAUUGAUUUUUUCGUGUUUUUUUUAAUGUAUAAUUUUAUUCACAAGUCUGAACAUUUUGUAAAAUUGUAAAAAAUUUUGAUGUGUGUGUGUGAAUACUUUUUAUUUAUAUAUAUAUCAUUACUUAUAUAUAAAAAAUCUCUUCCAGG